UGCGCCUUGCCCGUUGUUCAGUUAGGAGCUGAGAACGCAGACAGCAUCGGUGCCGUGCUGAACAGCAAGGAUGACCAGCGGGAGAUCGCCGAGACGAGGGAAACGUGUAGGGCUGCUUAUGACACUUCCGCACCAAAUGCAAAACGCAAAUACCCAGAUGAGGGAGAAGCUGAUGAGGAAGAGAUUGAAGAAUAUAAGGAUGAAGUAGAGCUGCAGCAAGAUGAAGAGAACCUGCCCUAUGAAGAAGAGAUUUACAAAGAUUCUAGUACCUUUCUUAAGGGUACUCAGAGCUUAAAUCCACACAACGAUUACUGCCAGCACUUCGUGGAUACAGGACACAGACCCCAGAACUUCAUCAGAGAUGUUGGCUUAGCAGAUAGGUUUGAAGAAUACCCAAAACUUAGAGAGCUCAUCAGAUUGAAGGAUGAGCUGAUAUCUAAAUCUAACACUCCUCCCAUGUACUUACAAGCAGACUUGGAAGCUUUUGAUAUUAGGGAACUGAAGUCCAAAUUUGACGUGAUUCUCCUGGAACCACCACUGGAAGAAUACUACCGGGAGACUGGCAUUACUGCCAAUGAAAAGUGCUGGACCUGGGAUGAUAUCAUGAAAUUGGAAAUUGAAGAAAUUGCAGCCCCAAGGUCAUUUGUGUUUCUGUGGUGCGGUUCAGGCGAGGGUCUGGAUCUUGGCCGAGUGUGUCUACGCAAAUGGGGUUACAGAAGAUGUGAGGACAUUUGUUGGAUUAAAACGAAUAAGAACAAUCCUGGAAAGACCAAGACUCUAGACCCUAAGGCCGUUUUCCAAAGAACCAAGGAGCACUGCCUCAUGGGCAUCAAAGGAACUGUGCGUCGCAGUACGGAUGGUGACUUCAUCCACGCUAAUGUUGAUAUCGACCUCAUCAUCACAGAAGAGCCUGAAAUUGGCAACAUAGAAAAGCCUGUAGAGAUUUUUCACAUCAUUGAGCAUUUCUGCCUGGGACGCCGCCGCCUUCAUCUUUUCGGAAGGGACAGUACGAUUCGACCAGGUUGGCUGACUGUGGGACCCACCCUCACCAACAGCAACUUCAAUGCAGAAACGUACUCUUCGUACUUCACAGCUCCAAAUUCCCACCUGACGGGCUGUACCGAAGAGAUUGAGAGACUUCGGCCCAAGUCACCGCCGCCCAAGUCCAAGUCUGACCGGGGAGGUGGUGCUCCACGGGGAGGAGGAAGAGGAGGGACUUCAGCAGGCCGAGGAGAAAGGGGCAGAGAGAGGAACAGAACUAACUUUCGGGGUGAGAGGGGUGGCUUCAGAGGGGGACGUGGAGGCACCCAUAGAGGAGGCUUCCCCACCCGCUGAUGACUGUUAGGAAAUUACUUCUCCCCGCCCCCACCCUGUGCCUCCUCUCUGAACCUUUUUCUUAGUCUUGGUGUGAAUUAUUCCGGGCACUCAAGCUAGAUGACUUUUAAAAUAGUUUUUGGUGCACACAGUUACAGCUAGUCUGCCUUCCAGCGACCCCCCGGCACAUCACCUCGCCUGGCA